ACUCCGGUUUUUAAAAAAAUUUAAUUUCAUGCCGAUAAGGCUGAAUAUAAAGAUUCAGAAACAAUGAAUCUGACCAUCCUCUAACUGCCAUGACCCUUCAGGGUCAAUAGUGGAAUCUUGGAUGUGGUAGGGUCUGUGUCAGACAGUGGGAGAGAGAACCAGCACGUGAAAGGGAGAGAAAGAUGACCUUGUCUCUCUCAGCCAAAAUGGUUAUCCAAGUGGGAAAGUCACUCUUCAGAUCGAGAAAGAACUGGAGUCUAGCUGUUUAGGAGAACUAGGGGGAGGGAUCGUGAAAAACAACACUGGUAUUUACUGUGGGACAUGCACCUACCAGGCAGUGGUUUCCAGGUGAAGAAACCAAGUCUCAGGCAAGUCAAGAAAAUUGUCCAAAGUACACAGCCAUUUGUGAUUGAAACCAACGACUAACUCCAAAUCUCUUCUGUAAUCCUACACUCACUCCUGGGCCAAGAAUGUGAGCCUUUAUGAUUUGAGCAACCUAGAUUUUCACCCCAGGGUCAACCAAGCCCUGUGUGAAACCUGUAAAAAACCAGAGCUCUAUAUAUUUUUUUCUUUUGGAGCUCUAUCUUUUGGCCUGUGUACAGGGCAGUUCUAAACCAAAUUGGGACAACUUUACACCUUAUUAAAAAGGGGGGCUCACACAGUGUGAUUGAGUAGCCUUGCCUUGGCAGGAUAUUCAGGCCGAUUCCUUCUCUCUGGAUGUGUGUCUGGGAAUUCCUAGAAUUUGGGGAGAGGAAGGGAGGAUCUAGAGCCUUCCUUAUACACCAGGGAAAUCCUGGGUUUGCUAAGAACUCCGUCAAAGCUUUGUCAGUGCCCAAAGACAAAUCCACACCCUCCUUGCAGUUACUGCUUGAGGUUCUCUGAUGAGUUGUGGCGGUAGGCUAGGAUAUUAGACAGGGGGCUCCUUCCUUUGUGACAUCACCAGGCAGGUAGCUAAGGGGACUAUUUGAGACACUUGGAGAACAACAGCUGCUUUUGUGGGAAUGCAAGAACGGCAGCUUUUAAAACCGAGGGUAGAUGUUCAGGCUCCAUUGGGACCCUCAAUACAAGCCAGCCAGUAAAAUAUGGGAUCUACCCACAGAGGCACCAUCUAUCAUAUGGUCAAGACAAAUAAAGUUGGGUCCAAGGUCGCAGUUUCAGCACAGAAAGGGGCUGAGACUAUGAACGCAAGCCCUCAUCGGGGACAGGGGUAUGUUCCUUCCUCCAGCCCGCGGAGUGGCGCAGCCUCCAUCAACACUUCACCCCCUCGAAGAUCAGAAGCUGGGCAUCCCACCAUCUUCUAUUCAACACCAGACCACCCACGAUCUAGCUCUACCCAAACUGGGCCUGGCCUCUCUGGAGCACCCAGCUCUCGGAUGGAGACCCGGUCAAAAUCUGAAGCAUACCGCCACAUCUCUCUUCCUCAAAAGAUGCAGCAAGCCCAGGGGUCAGCUCCCUUUGAUGUCCAGGUGCCACGGAACGUUAGUCCAUCCAGAGAGGAAUCGACUAGGAGAGGGGGUGAGAGCAAGCCAGGGCGUGAUGCCAGCAAUCGCUACUCCGUACUUUCAGAUGCCAAAUCGUCUCGCCGGUUGAGUUUUGUAGACCAGAAGGAUAACUUGACAAUUUUAGAAGAUGACCCACCCUCCAAGGUCCAGUGUCCCCAAGGGGUUAGAGGUCGCCGUAGGAGUUUGGUUUACCCGAAGGAUGCUGCAGUCCAAACCGAGCCCAUUCAAAAGAGUUCCACUGCUGCUGGUACCAGAUCUCCAAGAGACCCCCCAGCAGAAUACAGCAGCAGCCGCAGCCAUACAGACUAUCGAACAACCCAGAGAAGAGUCCCUUGCCAAGAGUCGGAAAUGAGCCGUCAAAACUCCAUUUAUACAGAACCCAAGGCCUUGCAUAGAAAUAGGAACUUGGAAUCCUCCCUCACACUCUCCGUCCUUAAAGAUUUCGAUGGCGGGUUCAGAGUUUCUACGCGCCCGGAGCCUGAGUCUAUCCACAGGCAUUCUGCCUACCCCAAAACCAAACCCUCCCCAAAGGUCUUAAUGUCAUCAAAACUGGAGGCCAACGUGAAGUCCUCAAUCCGAGGAGACACUGAGGCUGGCCGCAAGGUCACCAUUUCCUCUGGGAGACAGACGGUGCAGUUGCCUUCCCAUGUGACGUCUCGAGCAGUGUCUGAGAGCCCCCACAGAUCGUCUGUGUCUGCCACUCCGGAGCCCACCUAUAAGCUGCACACCAAAAAACCCUCAGGAAAUGUCUUUAGGUCCCCACGAUCCGCAUCCACGUAUUCAGAGCCCUCCGGAAAGCCCUCUGUCCAUGCAGAACUGGAACUGACCCCUCGGCCCUUACCCCCUCGGUCCUUACCUAAGUAUGGGCCUGACUGUUCAUGGUGGGCCUUACUCAACCCUGAAAUUGAAAUGCCUCAAAGCUGGUCAACAACACCUGAUUUCGAGCCUAAGUCCCCUUCUCCCCUAGACCCUUCACUGCCCUUUUUUGAAAUGGACUCAAGCCCUUUCUGUGAGGAUCUGAUGUUUCCGAGAGGGAGGGCAAGUCCAUCACCGCCACCAGCACCAGCAGCAUCACCAUCACCACCACCGCCGCCUCUGCCAAAAGAGUCUCCAAGCCGGGCACCAUCAAGGGAUGUGCCACAGGCCCCCAAGCAUGCCUCCAAACAGCCCAUUCAAAGGUUUAGUGCUUUCUUCUUGGGUAUGUGAAGAAGCAGACUGCCCAGGUGCGGCCCUGAUUUAGUGAGGUGGGGCAUUGGGGUGGGCAAGAAAGACACCCUCAGAGCUGCCCUCCUGCAGUGCCAAAGUUAGACGCAUCCUGGAGCCCAUUGCCCCAUUCCUUCCCCACCAGCUUCUCUGAGCUCCAAGCUAGUGACAUCGAUGA